AUGAGGCUCUCGGCUCUGCUCUGCCUCCUCGCCGUCACCGCCAUCGGGGUCGAAUGCCGGAGAAUCGCCCGGGACUCCCCCACCACCUCCGAGUCCGAAUCACCGUCCAACUCCAACAACUCGGCCCUGGUUCCGGCCCCGCAACCCAGCCGGCCGAGAGGAGCCUUUCCACCCAUGUGCAUCAAACCCACGGAGAUCAAAAACGCCUUUAAGUACGUCAACACCAUCGUCUCCUGCCUGAUAUUCGUGGUGGGGAUAAUCGGGAACUCGACGCUGCUGCGGAUCAUCUAUGAAAACAAGUGCAUGAGGAAUGGGCCCAAUGUGCUGAUCGGGAGUCUGGCUCUGGGAGACCUGCUCUACAUCAUCAUCGCUAUUCCCAUCAACGUCUUCAAGCUGCUGGCGGAAGACUGGCCGUUCGGGGUCUACAUUUGUAAACUCAUGCCGUUCAUCCAGAAGGCCUCAGUGGGGAUCACGGUCCUGAGUCUGUGUGCGCUCAGCAUCGACCGGUACCACGCGGUGACUUCGUGGAGCCGCGUGAAGGGCAUGGGCAUCCCGCUGUGGAAGGCGGCGGAGGUGACGUCCAUCUGGCUCCUGGCCGUGCUGCUGGCCGUCCCUGAAGCUCUGGCCUUCGACAUGUUGGAGAUCCCCUACAGAGGCACCAAGCUGCGGGUGUGUCUCCUGCACCCGGAGCAGACCACCAGCUUCAUGAAGUUUUACCAGAACGUGAAGGACUGGUGGCUGUUCGGCUUCUACUUCUGCGUCCCUUUGGCCUGUACCUUUGUCUUCUACACGCUCAUGACCUGCGAGAUGCUCAGCCGGAGGAAGGGAAUGCGCAUCGCCCUCAACGACCACAUGAAGCAGCGGCGGGAAGUGGCGAAGACCGUGUUCUGUCUGGUGCUGAUCUUUGCUCUGUGCUGGCUGCCCCUUCACCUCAGCCGCAUUCUGAAGAAGACCAUCUACGACCAAAAUGACCCAAACCGCUGUGAACUGCUCAGUUUCCUCUUGGUGAUGGAUUACAUUGGGAUCAACAUGGCAUCGCUCAACUCCUGCAUCAACCCCAUCGCAUUGUACUUUGUCAGUCAGAAGUUUAAAAACUGCUUUCAGUCGUGCCUGUGCUGCUGGUGCUACAGACCCUCUCCUCUGGACAAACGUGGAUCCGGGCGCAGCUGGAAGGACUCGUGUCACGGGAACGGACUGGACCGCUCCAGCUCUCGCUCCAGCUCCCAGAAAUACUCCUCCUCUUCAUAA